GUGAGAGAGGGAGAUGUUUUUAAUAAAUCAUUUUCAAAGUAUAAGUCAAAACUGUUUGAGUACUAACUUGUAAGAAAAACCCUCCCCUUCCCAACAAUAUACCUUCUUGUAAGGAAAUUAGUCAGUACAAAAGUAUUAAAAACUCCAAAAAGAAUAAGAGGGAAGAAAAAUGCUCUAACAAAAUGGAUUUCUUCUUGUUCCUGCCUUGGUUUACCAGGGACAUCAGUGAUCAGCUGGAGCUAUGGGCAGGAGGCAGAGAGCCCCCCCUGGUCAGCACAAGCACUGUGAAAAGUGCUUCAACCGAUACUGCCAAGUUCCCAUUGAAUCCACUGUCUCUUGUGUGGUGAUCAGCUGCCGGUCUCACUGUGGGGCUGCCUUCCAUAUGUGCAAAGAGGAUGAGCAUCAACUUCUGUGUCCUCUAGAGCAAGUCUCGUGCCUCAACUCCAUUUAUGGCUGCCCUUUCACCAUGGCUCGUUUUAAGAUGGCGAAACAUCUCCAGGUCUGCCCUGCUAGCGUAGUUUCCUGCUCUAUGGAAUGGAAUCGCUGGCCAAAUGUGGAUGCUGGAGCCAUUCUGCAUGAUAACAUUAUGAAGGAAGAACCCAGUGAAGAGUGUCUGGAUGUGGCCCUAGCCCUGAGAGAUCAGGAGGCUCUCUUCAGGGUACUAAAAAUGGCUGAACUUUUCCCAGAAUGCCGAGAGACUUGUACAGUUGAAGAAGAAACUGCGGCUGAUGUUGAAUACCUGGAAGAAGGAGCUGCUGGAAGAGGCGCUGCUCAGUCUGAAGCCAGUUGUGCGCAAGCAGCUGAGCUCAGCCAGCUAGAACGUGAGAAUUUAGCCAAGGACAAAGAAGGGAUGGACUUAGCUGGUUACAAAACUUGGGAAAACAUGUUUAGCAAAGAGUUUAGCUCCUGCAAAGUAACUGGCUCAUUGGGAGACCAAGAGAAAAAAGAAAGUGACAGCAGAUCUCCAGACGCAGGACAGACAUCUAGUGGCAAUGUGCAAGGAAAUAAACCAGAAGAAGCGACCAGUCUGGGAGACGGUGAAGAAACCCAGCUUCCCCCUCAAGUGAAUUUAGCAGCAGAAAAAACAGGCUUAGCUCCAUGGCAAGAUGGUGUCCUGGAGAGGCUGAAAAAGGAGGUUUCAGUAGGAGAUUAUAAUAUGUAUCUGGUGCACCAUGGAAGGAUGCUCAUCCAUUUUGGUCAGCUAGCUGCUUGCACUCCCAGAGAGAAAGACUUUGUAUAUGGAAACUUAGGAGUUCAGGAGGUAAAAACUGUGACCACCUUCAAAGUACCAGUCAGCUAUUGUGGCAAAAGAGCCCAGCUUGGGGACCCUAUGCAUUACAGAAAGCCAAGUGAGAACAUAUCUGUGGACACUUCAGAGUUGGAAAUAAAUGUGGACGAUCUCCCUAAAUCCAAUGUAAUCAAGACAACACUGUUGUGUGCCCUCGAGAAGGAGCUGAGAGGUCAUGAGAUCUCUGAGACAAAGACUACUUAUGGCCUGUAUGUGGACUAUGGAACACAGACACACAACUUUGCCAUGGAGCCUUUCUCCUCAGCAGAUGUUCUAGCAGACGUUCUAGACACAAACGACCCCCCAGCUCUCCAUUUACAGCUUCAAAGUGAGAGUGUAACCCAAAGGCACAACAAAAGCAGCUCUGCUUUCACAUUCUCUUGCAACCACUUUUUCAGGAGGGAUGAGUUUCCUUCACAUUUCAAGAAUAGCCACAGUGAUAUCCAGUCCUGCCUAGAUGGAUGGUUCCAGCGCCGCUGCCCACUUGCCUACCUGGGCUGUACCUUUGUUCAACAUCCCUGGUGCCCUUCCGGUCAGAGAUCAAAGGUCAUCUACAGCAACCACCUCAAGGCCUUUGCUGUCAGGCCAGAGGUUGACCCUAUACUCUCAAAAACAAAGAGAUGCAACUUAGUUGGAAAUAAGCGAGGGAAAGAAAUGGAUGCUCUGAGCAGCCUUCCUUUGGAGAUCCUGAAGUACAUAGCUGGAUUUUUGGACAGUUUCAGCUUGUCUCAAUUAGCACAAGUGUCAGUACUGAUGAGGGACGUCUGUGCUACUCUGCUGCAGGAGCGGGGGAUGGUCUUCCUGCUGUGGGAAAAGAAGAGAUAUUCCCAUGGGGGCACUUCUUGGAGAGCCCGCAGAAAGGUCUGGAGAUUUAGCAGCCUGUUCUCCACCAUUAACAACUGGCAGUUCAGUGACAUCUCUUCCAUGGCGGUGCAUUUAAAGACUUGCCCUUUCUAUGACGUGGAACUCAAGAAGGACCCUGUUUUGCUGGCCAGCAUGUUUUCACCUCAAGAGCAAAUAAAAGAGGGUUUGGUCUCCACAUUCAGACGUGCAGCUGGUCCAAAGAAACUUCAGAAAAUAUGAAAGUGAUCUCUGGAGAUGAAGUGUUUUCGUUCCUGGAAAUAAAGUGUCAAGAUUUCUGCAGUUCUCUCUGACAUGUCUAAUACUUUCUUUUAGUAUUUAAACAGAAAAAUCUUGGCUGCAUAUUUUCAGGCUUGAGAUCUAAAUGAAUGGACUUCAGAAAACUGAGGGUGUGAUCCAGAAUCAUUCAGAUCAGGGGAACUUUGCUGCUGACAUCAGAACACUAUAUGGAUGCUCUCUCAAGCACGACUGGUUUUUGAAUUUGAAUUAGAUUUUGAAUGAGUGAAAACAUAUUGGAACGAGAAUAUGACAUUAAAAUGCUGAUUUUUUAAAAAAAAAUAUCUAGCAGGUAGAGCAAAUACCCAAUCAGCACAUGACCGAUAAUGUCCAAAGCAAAAGUAAUAGAAAAUACAUGAGGCACUGGUAACAUGAUUUCCUCCAAUUUGGCAAGUACAUGAGACACUGGCAAAGUGAAUUUCCCAUCUUUUGUGCUAAUUGGCUUUCAUAAUGCCCAGAUACAUGUGAAAGUGUGGCUUGGAUCAUGACUUUAACUAUUUUUUUAUUAUUAGUACUAGCCAUUUUUAAACUAUUGAUUCACAACAUGCUUUACAAACUUAUGUCUGACUCAUCCUUCCAACAAUCUAUUUUACAAAUGGGGACUAGUGACUGAAUUACAAGGUAAACUUAGGGUCCCCAAUCCCCUUACCUUUUGUGGAAGCCGCCUUAGCCACAGUUUUUAGAAGGCUGUGUGAUUUGGCUAAAAUUGGGGGAGACACACAACAUGGGCUUUUGAAUAGACCCUACCCUUUCCCCAUUCGUUUCUCAGCACUGAGUAUAAUAUGCUUUGCUACUGCUGCUAUAUUAACUAUCUGGUUUUGCUGGAUCUCAGAUUGACUAAGGCAGAACUUGGGUGCCUACCUGCCUUCCUUGAGUUGUGGUUUGUUUUGUUUGUGAGAUAGUGUUGAGGUGAGAAAUGGACAGUGGCAGCUCAGUGUGUGUGUGUGUGUGUGUGUGUGUGUGUGUGUGUGUAAUAUUUUCUUGGUGAUUGUUGUGAGAUGAGUUCCACAUCUGGCCUUGAGACUCUUGUGCUUCACAUACUGCUCUGGUCUGCUCUGCAAUCUGCAUUCUGCAUUACAAGGUGUACUUAGUCAAAAUGUGGCUGAAGAUGUUGUUCUAGUUGAGCUUAUGGUUAUGCUUGCUGCUACAGGUGCUGCUGUUGUUAAUGGUGUUGCUCCUGGGGAAUUGGCAAACACCCCUGACCAACUUUUGGGCUUGUGAGGGGAACUGGCAAGCAGCCCACCUCAGAAUAAAUUUGUGCAAAACUGUGGUCUCAGAAAGAACGGUCAGAGUUGAAAAUUCAAAAAUAGAAUCAAGUUUAUUUGGGGGUUUUAGGGGUAAAGGAAAAGAAACAGUGAUUAACUGGCAACAUAAUAUUAACGAAUAAAACUAACAAGACUAACAAACCAAUAGGACUAAGUUACAGCUCACAAAGAGGCAAUUUGGGUUGAGAUUUGAACUGAGUUCACUCAAGGCUGACUUGGAGAACAGCUUUGGAUUUUAGAGAGGGAGAACAAGAGAGGAGGGGAGCAAGAGAUUAGUGAUACCUAAGUCUGUCUGGUGAGUGUGUGGACUCUUGUCGCUCGACUGAUAUCGAGGGACCUUUCUCCUCUGAGACAGGCAGGAAGAUGGAAGGCAAGAGUGGGACCCAAGCACCAAAUGAAGAUCCGGGAGCCAGGCACAACCCAAAGAGCGUGUGAUCUCAGGAGACCUGUAUCUUGCAGCCAAGUGUGCUGUGCAGAUUGGGCUUGGGAAAAUGGCUGAUCUGGAGGCAACAAACAGAACGGGAGGAAAAGUCCAGGGAAGGCAAGAUGGAGUGUCCAAUGCCCAAACACACGAACACGCAACUGGUGAAUCUGAGGAAGAGGCACACUGAUUGAUUGUGUUUUGACUAGAAAUAGACAGCAUCUUGCCCUGAGGUGGCAUGCAUCUUUCUGUUGAUAAAGGAGACAAUAUGGAUGGACAAAGGAGUUAAUCCUUGUUCUGUUUAACUUUGCUGGGUGUGCUCUUUCAGCAUAAUAGGUGAAUAGGUAUGAGAAACCUGUGUGGGGCAAAAUGAAAUGGGUGCAUCAGAGCUUAACUCACGUUUUCAGGAGGCUUUGGGCAUGUCUAGGAAUGUUUUAACAAGCUUGCUUCCAGUGCCCCGAGCCAGCCAUUCUCACUUUGUUAGAGAAGGAGAUAAGCUUGUUACCUCUUAUCUGUUCCUUCCUGCUUUCACAUUCUCUUGCAAUCGGAUGGAACUGAUAUGAUGGACCAACAUAGGGGGUGAAUAUUUGGCUAGUCCUUGAGAAGAAUAGCGCUUAAUUAAUUUGUGACUACUCUGGCUUCCCCAUUGCCCUCCUGAAAGGCAAUAAAGGAUAGGGAUGUGCACGAACAUGUUUGGAGGCCCUUUUACUGGCCUCUGAACAGGUUCGAACACUGGAUGGGUUCGAGGUUUGAAGGAGGGUGUGUAUGUGUUACUUUAAGGGCAGGGGUGGGUGCACUUACCCCUCCCCCGCUCCCCCCCGCUAGCACUUGGUUUUGGUAAAAGCCUUUGGGGCAGCAGUGAUCUGAUGGGCCAACAUAAUGGGUGAGUAUUUGACUAAUUCUUGAGAAGAAUAGUGCUUAAUUAAUGUGUGCCUACUCUGGCUUCCCCAUUCUAGGGGUGUGCAUGGAUCCAGCUGGCCAGGUUCGGUUCGAAUCCAGACCGGACUCAAACCCAUCUGGGCCAGUUUGGUCCCAAACCCCUUUGAACCCUCCCCGCCCGGUCCAGUCGGGGUGUGUGUGUUCGCGAAUGUUUUUCUGUUUUUUAAAAAAAACCAAUCUUUUUUUUACCUUACUCCCUUCUGAGGAGUUGCUGGAGGUGGCAGGGUGUGUGUGUGUCCGCAGAGGUUCCCCCUCCCCCCGCAGGCUUUCUAUAUGCCCCCCUCUGGCCGGUUCAGUCACUCUUCAGCCGGUUUUCGGUUUUCUCUGCUUGGUGCGGCGGCCAUUUUGGAGGCCAUGCGCCUGCGUGAUUGGCCUCUGUGUGCCAUGGAUUUUAUCACUUCUCACAUUGUUUUUAUUAAUAUGAUCGCACUUUCCAAGCUGAAUGCAUAGAUGUAUAUUUCUGUAAUAUUUGUCCAGUUCACAUUUUGGUUGUUUGCACAGUAUGGAUAGAUAGAUAGAUAGAUAUACCCUGGUUCCACAUCAAGCAAGGGGUCUGUUGGCCAAAUGCCUUGAUGCCCUCCAAAACCCCAAGGGGGAGGAUAACCUUUGCAAGUCCAGAAUGCAUUGCAAUGGUAAUGCUACUAGCUGCCCUCAUUUGGAUCAAUGUCCCAAUCCCUGCCACCACACCAUAUCCACACAGCAACAGGGUGGAGGUAUUCCACUGCUGGUUAUAAAAAGAUGGCAGCCAUCCGUGCAGAGAAGUGUGCCUGGCUGCUGCCUCCUCACUGUAAAAGCCAGCCACUACAAGGGUAUGGAAGAGGCUUCCUUUGGUGAUGGUGGCUUGGAACAGGGAUUCUCAACAUUGGGUCCCCAGAUGUUAUUGGACUUCAACUCCCCAAAUCCCCAGCCCCAGCGGCCUUUGGUUAGGGAUUAUGGGAGUUGAUGUCCAAUAACAUCUGGAGACCCAACCUUGAGAAUCCCUGGCUUGGAGUGCUUCUCAGCAUCUACAUUGGAGGGCAACAUCUGUUUUUCAAAUUUAAUUAGCAAUGUAAUGAUGCCCCCACCAUAACAGUCAGUUCUUUGGAUAAUUUCCUGCCACACUCUGGUUUCUUUUCUCUGCCUUGAAUGCAUGCAGCCUGAGCAUAUACCGAGCCAGGCGGCAAGAGUGCCCAGCUCAGGGAAGAUCCCUCAAUGCACCGUGCUCAUUACAUGGUGAAUUGUGGGAUAUCCAGAGGCCAGGAUGCAUUGUACUGACUUCCAGAGACCUGCGCUGCUUCACGCAGUGCAAUCUGUGUGUCCCACCGACAUGGAAGGAUCACCUGGAGGAAAGGUAAGUUUGCAUAGCCUUCCCCCCACAGCUUCCUGCUUCCCAGCUGUGUGAAUAGCCUUGUAGUCUGAAUUGGAUAUUGACAGUGGUGAAGCUGAAGGCCUUCAAGUUGAGUUACUAAUGCUGGAGGCAAUCAAAUUGCUAAAGUGAAAAGACUACCUUUACCUUAGGGACAUUUUCCUGUUUCCUCUUCCCAAGAGAGUGUGACAAGAUAUCUGAGACACAAAAGACUGUUGUGGCCAAUGCAAAAAGGAUUGGAACACUUUAAAAUAUCUUUUUAAAAGACUUUAUUUUUGCAUUUUUCAGAUAACAAGGAAUUGUAAUAAAUUACUGUUGGUACUGAAAAAUAAGAUAUACAGCAUUUUGAUUCUGACCAUGGACAUUGAGGAAAUAAAACAAUGUGAUCCACCUAAAUUAUUUCUUAAAUAAAUAUAUAUUUCAUUUUCCAGCAAUAAAUUACCAAACAUGUAUUGCUCUUAA